AUGCGCCAGGGUGUGUCACUGUACAUUCCCCAGUCGGCCAUCAAUGCCACCGUUGACCAAGACAUUCUGCUGUCGGUGGACUACUCCUGCCACGGGGUGCCCACCAUCGAGUGGAGGUACACAUCCACCUGGGGCAUGCAGAAGAUUGUGGAGUGGAAACCAGGGACUCCAGCCAACGUUUCCCAGAGCCACAAGGACAGAGUCUGCACUUUUGACAAUGGCUCCAUCCAGCUGUUCGGUGUGGGUGUGCGGGACUCCGGCUACUAUGUCAUCACGGUGACAGAGCGCCUGGGGAGCAGCCAGUUUGGCACCAUUGUCCUGCAUGUGUCCGAGAUCCUUUAUGAAGACCUUCACUUUGUCGCUGUCUUCCUUGCCUUGCUCGCUGCCGUGGCUGCAGUGUUAAUCAGUCUCAUGUGGGUGUGCAACAGAUGUGCAUACAAAUUCCAGAGGAAGAGAAGACACAAACUCAAAGAAAGCACAACUGAAGAAAUUGAGCUACAGGAUGUUGAGUGUUAGUCACAGCUGG